AUGGAAUCCUCCAAAUUCUUCCAGGGCUAUGGCAAAGUCGGCGAUCACCUCGAAGAUCAGCCCUCUUUCCCCAGACCCCCUAACCGCAAGCCCCUUGUCGCCACCAUUUCUGUUUUGGCCAUCCUCUUCCUUACUCUCUCUGUCGGUGCCACGCUCGGAGCUCUCAUCCACUCCUCCAAUUCCGGACCCCCGGAAUCUCCAUCAACCCCUUCCACCGCCAACACCGGCCUCGACGCCUCCAUCAGAACCGUUUGCAACGUCACUCGCUUCCCGGCCUCCUGCUACUCCAGUAUUUCCCCCCUCACCACUUCCCUCCAAAACCCUAACGACCCCGAAUCCAUUCUCAAGCUGUCUCUUCGUGCUUCCCACAACGAGCUCUCUAAGCUGUCGUCUUCCCUCAGAACCUUGGCUUCGACCUCCAACGCGGCCGCUAUCACGGAUUGUAAGGAUCAUAUCGAUGACGCGCUGAGUCGACUCAACGACUCGCUGUUGGCGAUGAAUGUUUCUCCCGGCGACAAGGCGUUGACGGAUGCGAAGAUCAGCGACAUACAGACGUGGAUCAGCGCGGCGGUGACGGACCAGGAAACGUGUUUGGAUGGAUUGGAGGAAACAGAGUCGGCGGCACAGGGAGAGAUGAAGCAGAAGAUGCAGAGAUCGAGGGAGUACACAAGCAACAGCUUAGCCAUCGUUGCAAAUAUUCGCAUCCUACUACAACGCUUCAACAUGUCCCUCCAUUGA